AGUGAGGGCUCCUCCGAAGCUGAUUGGCUGUUACUUUGACCCGCCCCCGUGCCGUACGCGUUCUUCCUGUCGCGCGUGCGCGCUGUCACUGCGGAGCAGCAGCAUGGCGGACCUAGAAGCGCUGGGAUUUGAACACAUGGGCCUUGACCCCCGGCUCCUGCAGGCUGUUACUGACCUGGGAUGGUCGCGACCUACGCUGAUCCAGGAAAAGGCCAUUCCGCUGGCCCUGGAGGGGAAGGACCUCCUGGCUCGGGCCCGCACGGGCUCCGGGAAGACGGCCGCUUAUGCUAUUCCGAUGCUACAGCUGCUGCUACACAGAAAGGCGAUAGGUCCUGUGGUAGAACAGGCUGUGAGAGGCCUUGUCCUUGUUCCUACCAAGGAGCUGGCACGGCAGGCCCAGUCCAUGAUUCAGCAGCUGGCUACCUAUUGUGCUCGAGAUGUCCGGGUGGCCAAUGUCUCAGCUGCUGAAGACUCAGCCUCUCAGAGAGCUGUGCUGAUGGAGAAGCCAGAUGUGGUGGUGGGGACGCCAUCCCGCAUAUUAAGCCAUUUGCAACAAGAUAACUUGAAACUGCGUGACUCUCUGGAGCUGCUGGUGGUGGAUGAAGCAGAUCUUCUUUUUUCCUUUGGCUUUGAGGAAGAAUUCAAAAGUCUUCUCUGUCACUUGCCCCGGAUUUACCAGGCUUUUCUCAUGUCAGCUACUUUUAACGAGGAUGUGCAAGCACUGAAGGAGCUGGUACUACAUAACCCAGUUACCCUCAAGUUGCAGGAGUCCCAGCUGCCUGGGCCAGACCAGUUACAGCAGUUUCAGGUGGUCUGUGAGACCGAGGAAGACAAAUUCCUGUUGCUGUAUGCGCUGCUCAAACUGUCAUUGAUUCGGGGCAAGUCCCUGCUGUUUGUCAACACUCUGGAGCGGAGUUACCGUCUACGGCUAUUCUUGGAACAGUUCAGCAUCCCCACCUGUGUGCUCAAUGGAGAACUCCCACUGCGCUCCAGGUGCCACAUCAUUUCGCAGUUCAACCAAGGCUUCUAUGACUCUGUUAUAGCAACUGAUGCUGAAGUCCUGGGGCCUCCCGUCAAGGGCAAGCGUUGGGGCCGAGGGCCCAAAGGGGACAAGGCCUCUGAUCCGGAAGCAGGUGUGGCGCGGGGUAUAGACUUCCACCAUGUGUCUGCUGUACUCAACUUUGAUCUUCCCCCCACCCCUGAGGCCUACAUCCAUCGAGCUGGCAGGACGGCACGCGCUAACAACCCAGGCAUAGUCUUGACUUUCGUGUUGCCUACGGAGCAGUCCCACUUGGACAAGAUUGAGGAGCUUCUCAGUGGAGAGAAUGGGGCCCCCGUCCUGCUCCCCUACCAGUUCCGGAUGGAGGAGAUUGAGGGCUUCCGCUAUCGCUGCAGGGAUGCCAUGCGCUCGGUGACUAAACAGGCCAUUCGGGAGGCGAGAUUGAAGGAGAUCAAGGAGGAGCUCCUGCACUCUGAGAAGCUCAAGACGUACUUUGAAGACAACCCCAGGGACCUCCAGCUGCUGCGGCAUGACCUACCCUUGCAUCCUGCGGUGGUGAAGCCCCACCUGGGCCACGUCCCUGACUACCUGGUUCCUUCUGCUCUUCGUGGCCUCGUACGCCCUCACAAGAAGCGGAAAAAGCCAUCUUCCUCCUGUAGGAAGGCCAAGAAGACGAAGGCCCAGAACCCACUGCGCAGCUUCAAGCACAAAGGAAAGAAAUUGAGACCUGCAGCGAAGCCCUCUUGAGGUUGUCUGGGCUUCUCCGGGACUGAGCACAGUGCGGGCUUCCCAGGCUGCGUGGAUAGGCGCGGCUCCGGUGCGCGAAGCAAUUCCUGGACAGACUGAAUUCUGGGGCAGGCAGUGCUGGGCCCUCCAGCUCCUUGGCACUGCCAGGCUGACAUCUUGCUCCUUAACAACAGAAUAAAGGUUCUAGCUGCCCCAA